CAUCAGUUGCAUUGCUGAUGGAAGGGAGUUACAAGCACUCACGGUCGUAUCAAGGAAAGUGUAUUCAGCUGGUUUAUUUUUAUCAAUAUGAUCCAGAUGAGAUUAGAUAGGCUUAGUGAUUUACGCUUAUGUAAGGUCAUAACUAAAACAUUAUUAUCAUGAUACGCAACUUUAAAAGAUACAAAUAGAAAACAUUGUAAAAUAUCCUGUUGUAUGACUGAAAGGCAAAUGUCCUCCCAAAAUCGGAGUAGAGGACAUUACUGAUAGAAAUCCAUAUUUUUUAUUCUUUUACACUCAUAAUGUCUGAACAAACAACAAGAAGCGCAUGGCCAGAUCCUCCCAACUAUUAUAAAAGAUAUACAGACGAGAAUUUGGAGUUAUUGAAAGAAGCUAAAGAGAAGAAUCAGUUUCCAAAAGAGCCCAUUACAUUACCAUCAAUACCCGAAUUCUAUCUUGAAUCUCUUGAACCACCACAGCCUCCGACAUCAGAAUAUACUGUCUUUGAUCAAAAGUGGCAGAUUCAAGAUCAACUACCGACAUUAAGUGAACUUGGAGUAAAGCAACUGUUCAAAGAAGGAGACAUAGAUCGUGUGCAGGAAUUGAAACGACUUAAUAGAAUCUUGAUCACACAGUUCUUACAGUUACUAGAGACAUUGGUGACUAAUCCAGAAGAGUUUGGGAAAUAUAUAGAAAAUAUCAGUACGAUAUUUAUUAAUAUGCAUCAUAUCUUGAACGCGUAUCGACCACAUCAAGCAAGAGAAACCUUGAGACUAUUGAUGGAAGAUCAAAUAGAAAAAAAGAGACAACGAGCUGAAGAAUUAAGAGCGAAAACCAAAGAAACAUUGAGCUUUCUUCAGAAUUUGCAACAAGAAUAAAAUGUGUGUGUGUAAAUAAACCGUAUUUGAAAAUCAGACAAGCUUUCUUUCUUUCUUUUUUUACACCUGUUUUAAUGAUCAUUCUGACCAAAGAACACGUCAAGCCAGCCACUGCAAAGAUCUCCUUUACAGAUCUCAUCAGAAUUGGCCAAUCGCCUGGUAACUGGAUAGAGAUUCACACUGAAGGAGGAAAGGUUGAAAUGCAAUAGAUCUAUUCUAGAUCACACCUUUUAACCAAGCACAAAUAGACACACUUUUGUAGACUUUGG